AUGGCUCAUAACAAGAUUCCGCCGCGGUGGCUGAACUGUCCGCGGCGCGGCCAGCCAGUGGCAGGAAAAUUCUUACCUCUGAAGACAAUGUUAGGACCAAGAUAUGAUAGUCAAGUUGCAGAAGAAAAUCGGUUCCAUCCCAGUAUGCUUUCAAAUUAUCUAAAGAGUCUAAAGGUUAAAAUGGGCUUAUUGGUGGACCUGACAAAUACUUCCAGGUUCUAUGACAGAAACGACAUAGAAAAAGAAGGAAUCAAAUAUAUAAAACUUCAGUGUAAAGGACAUGGUGAAUGCCCUACAACAGAGAACACUGAGACAUUUAUUCGUCUGUGUGAGCGGUUUAAUGAGAGAAACCCACCUGAACUUAUAGGUAUGAUCCAGUGUUAUACAGGAGAGGGUGCUAUUUUCUUGGAAGGUGUCACUGUUAAAGGUGUAACUCAAGUAACAACUCAGCCAAAGUUAGGAGAGGUACAGCAGAAGUGUCAUCAGUUCUGUGCCUGGGAAGGGUCUGGAUUCCCUGGAGCACAGCCUGUUUCCAUGGAUAAGCAAAAUAUUAAACUUUUAGAGCAGAAGCCAUAUAAAGUAAGCUGGAAAGCAGAUGGUACUCGGUAAGCAUUGCUGUGAGUUGGAACCAACUCGAUGGCAGUGAGUCAGUGUGAUUCCUUUGUAUUCCAUCUGGCAAAUAUACAGUAACCAUUCAGGAAAAGUAUUCUCUUGUUCCAUUUGAACAACUGCCUCUUGGAUGGUGAAAUGAUUGUUGACAAAGUAAAUGGACUGGCUGUUCCUAGAUAUUUGAUAUACGACAUAAUUAAAUUCAAUGCACAGCCAGUUGGAGAUUGUGAUUUUAAUACACGUCUGCAAUGUAUAGAACGAGAAAUAAUAAAUCCUCGACAUGAAAAAAUGAAGACUGGUCUCAUUGACAAAACACAAGAACCAUUUAGUGUCAGAAAUAAGCCAUUUUUUGACAUUUCUACUUCAAGAAAGUUACUUGAAGGAAGUUUUGCCAAAGAAGUCAGCCAUGAAAUGGAUGGACUCAUUUUUCAGCCUAUUGGAAAAUAUAAGCCUGGUCGAUGUGAUGAUAUUUUGAAAUGGAAGCCUCCCAGUCUGAAUUCUGUGGAUUUUCGCCUAAAGAUAACAAGAAUGGGAGGAGAAGGGUUACUUCCUCAGAAUGUUGGCCUUCUCUACGUUGGAGGUUAUGAAAGACCCUUUGCACAAAUCAAGGUGACAAAAGAGCUAAAACAGUAUGACAAUAAAAUUAUAGAAUGCAAAUUUGAGAAUAACAGCUGGGUCUUCAUGAGACAAAGAACAGACAAAAGUUUUCCUAAUGCCUACAACACUGCCAUGGCUGUGUGCAACAGCAUCUCAAACCCUGUUACCAAGGAGAUGCUGUUUGAGUUCAUCGACAGAUGUGCGGCAGCUUCUCAAGGACAGAAGCGGAAGCAUCAUCUGGAUCCUGACACAGAGCUUAUGCCACCACCACCUCCAAAAAGACCACGCCCUUUGACUUAA